AGGCGGCGGGGACACGGCUGGCGCGGGCACCAUGAACCCGCUGUAACGCGCAGUCUGCGCGGCGCGGGGGGCGGGGGGAGGAGGAGGCCGCCGCGGUGAAGUUCUCCGCCAUGAACCUGAGGGGCCUCUUCCAGGACUUCAACCCGAGAAAUCGAAUCUCCUCUCGGUGAAGAUUUGACAGCAUUGAGGAUAUUCGGAAGAACAGACUGCAGCCUCGUGCGAUUCCAGGAGGCAGGCUCCAAAGAUGGUUUGAGCAAUGAAGUGGAAUUGUAAAUUCCUCAUCUAUGCCUGUCUGCUGCUGUUCUCUGUGCUGCUGGCCCUUCGUCUGGAUGGCAUCAUUCAGUGGAGUUACUGGGCUGUCUUUGCACCAAUAUGGCUGUGGAAGUUAAUGGUCAUUGUUGGAGCCUCAGUUGGAACUGGAGUCUGGGCCCGAAAUCCCCAAUAUCGAGCAGAAGGAGAAACGUGUGUGGAGUUCAAGGCCAUGCUGAUUGCAGUGGGCAUCCACUUGCUCCUGUUGAUGUUUGAAGUGCUGGUCUGUGACAGGAUCGAGCGAGGCAACCAUUUCUGGCUCCUGGUCUUCAUGCCGCUGUUCUUCGUUUCCCCGGUGUCUGUGGCAGCUUGUGUUUGGGGCUUUCGACAUGACAGGUCACUGGAGUUAGAAAUCCUGUGUUCUGUCAACAUUCUCCAGUUUAUAUUCAUUGCCUUAAGACUGGACAAGAUCAUCCACUGGCCCUGGCUUGUUGUGUGUGUCCCGCUGUGGAUUCUCAUGUCCUUUCUGUGCCUGGUGGUCCUCUAUUACAUCGUGUGGUCCGUCCUGUUCCUGCGCUCCAUGGACGUGAUUGCAGAACAACGAAGGACACAUAUCACAAUGGCACUGAGCUGGAUGACCAUUGUUGUGCCUCUCCUUACCUUUGAGAUCCUGCUGGUUCACAAACUGGACGGCCACAAUGCAUUCUCCUGUAUACCAAUAUUUGUCCCCCUUUGGCUUUCCUUGAUCACUCUGAUGGCAACCACCUUCGGACAGAAGGGAGGGAACCACUGGUGGUUUGGUAUUCGCAAGGAUUUCUGUCAGUUCCUCCUUGAAAUCUUCCCAUUUUUGAGAGAAUACGGAAACAUUUCCUACGACCUCCAUCAUGAAGAUAACGAGGAAACCGAAGAAACACCAGUUCCAGAACCUCCUAAAAUUGCUCCUCUGUUUCGAAAGAAGACCAGGGUAGUUAUCACUCAGAGCCCUGGGAAGUACGUCCUCCCACCUCCCAAAUUAAACAUUGAAAUGCCAGAUUAGACAGCACUUCCUGGGGCAGAACACAAGCGCACCGGGAUGCACGCGCACCUCUACCUUCCUUUGCCUCUUUGUUCACCCCCCCAGAACUGGAACUGGAGCUGGGUCUCCAGGUACUUCCAUCUCAUGCCUUGUUUGCACUCAAUGCCUACCAGUGACUCACCACAACGGGACACACAGGUGGUGUGUCUGGUGACUGGAACAGAUGGUGUGGGGUGCGUCAUCGGAUGGGCUGCAGGGAGCGUGUGUGAGAGGGAGAAAGCGCGCUGGCUCAUACCCAUUGGGAAUGGCCGAUUAGGUCAGAGAAGGACCAUCUACAGAGCUGGUUUGCAAAGUGCUAAAAUUCCUCUCGAAAGUGUUCUUUGAAAAUGUCAUUUGACAUCGGGCUGGCCUUGCGCGCGUAGCUCAGAUUCUCCUGUUGUGGCACAGUCAGUAGGGACUGUAAAUAGGCCUCUGGCACCACGUGUGUAUCCACACCGUCAUUACGGUUUGUGUUCUCUGCUGUGGAAGUAGUUUCUCUUUGGGCAUGCUCACAGCAGUUUUUAAUGGCCCCAUCAGUGAGCCCUUUCUAAUAGAGUGACUCUGUGCCUGUAUAGUAUUUAUACAAAUAUUUUAGCAUUGUAAUAUACCGUGUGAAAUCCUAGUUCUGUACAGUAUAUUGUGUUAAAGUAUUUUUUUACAAGCUUGUACUGGAGACACACGUGUUCUAUGGCGGAAGUAGAAGUUGGUGGCACACCUGUCCUGCCCCACUGUGGUGCCACCCCUCGAUGGGACAUCACCAUUUUCCCUCGAAUUUCUCCACAUCCAUGGUAGCUGCUACUGCCAGAACAGCCACAAAGAGCAAGAAAUGGUCUGUGCUUUUCUAACAUUCUGGGACUAUUGCCUUGCUGGAAAACAAGAAAGCAUGACUUGAAACUGGAACACUGGAGGAAAUGGCUGAGACUAGACACAGCCAGCAGAAUUGUGUACAUGUGAACAUCUGAUGCAUUUUGUCUGCUCCCAACAAGGAUGCUUCUGGCUGGGCUCAUGCUUUUAACUGGGAGUGCAGUUGCUCCAAGACUUGGUGGUGGGGCCAUGAGUUAAAAGGGAAGAAAGCAGAUCCGCCAGGAUAGCAGCCUUCUACCUGGGAAUAAGGAGGCCGUUUUUUAAAGGAGGGUAAAAGGAACACAGUUAUUUUCAUCCCGGACAAUCAUGGAUGGUUAAAGGUGGGCAGCUGCUAACUUGUCUAAACUGGGCUCCACUGAUGUCCAGUGCAUAUAUGAAUCAGCCUGGCCGUGGCCUCCAGCCAGGCUGUUCGUCUGGGGGGGAAGGGAGACAUUUGGAGUGGUGUAGCCUUUCCUGCUUGGUGUGUAACAAAUGUAGCUCAAUCCACUAUUUUUGCUCCCUUUAGCUGUUCAAUAAACUGGUUCCUCAUUUUCCA